UAUAAAUUGGAAUGAAUAGCAAAUACUAUUUGUAAUAGUAAGUAAGGACGCCUGGUGGCGCUGCAGGCUAAGAGUUCGAAUGAAGAGCUUUGUGGACCCGGGACGCCAUUAAGCUCGGAAAUCAGAACGUUGACUGCUUCCUAAAAGAAGGCAGCAUUUCAGUUAAGAUCUAGGGGAAGAGAUCUUCAGAGAGGGCAUCGUUCUAGUGCGACUCAGCCAGAAAGAUCUAAUUCGAGGUUAUUUAACGAAGCCCUCUGGAUUGACUGUACCGGGUUGAAGAAACUGCACCUUCUUGAACUGGGUCUGAACAAUGGAGACCACGCUGGCAGAAACGCCACAGAAAAGGCAAGUUGUCUUUCUUGUUAUAUUGUUGUUUUUGUGGGAGGCUGGCUCGGAAGCAAUUAGGUACUCCAUGCCAGAAGAGACGGAAAGUGGCUCCUUUGUGGGCAACCUGGCAAAAGACCUGGGGCUCAGGGUGGGGGAACUGGCCACUCGGGGCGCGCGAAUCCAUUACAGAGGAAACAAACAGCCCUUUCAGCUAGAUAUAAAGACAGGGAAUUUGCUUCUACACGAAAAACUAGACCGGGAGGUGCUGUGCGGGGCUACAGAUCCCUGUAUACUGCAAUUCCAACUGUUACUGGAAAAGCCGGUGCAGUUUUUUCAAGCUGAUCUGCAGCUCACGGAUAUAAAUGACCAUUCCCCGGAGUUCCUAGACAGGGAAAUGCUCCUAAAAAUCCCAGAGAGCGUCCAGCCAGGGACUGUGUUUCCUUUGAAAACAGCUCAGGACUUUGACAUAGGUAGCAACACUGUUCAGAACUACUCAAUCAGCCCCAACCCCCAUUUUCAUGUUGUCACUCAUAAUCGCGGAGAUGGCAGAAAAUACCCCGAGCUGGUGCUAGACAAAGCGCUGGACCGGGAGGAGCAGCCCGAGCUCAGUUUAACCCUCACCGCGCUGGAUGGUGGGGCUCCGCCCAGGUCAGGGACCACUGCCCUCCGCAUCGAAGUCCUGGACAUCAAUGACAACGCCCCCGAGUUUCUACAGUCUGUGUAUGAGGCACAGGUCCUGGAAAACAGCCCCAUAAACUCCUUAGUUGUUACUGUCGCCGCCCGUGAUUCAGAUGCCGGAACGUAUGGGAAUGUAGCUUACACUCUUUUUCAAGGCGAUGAAGUUACUCAACCAUUUGUAAUAGAUGAAAUAACAGGAGAAAUUCGUCUGAAAAGGGCAUUGGAUUUCGAGACAACUCAAUAUUAUAACGUGGAAAUUGCAGCCACAGACGGUGGAGGCCUUUCAGGGAAAUGCUCUGUAGCUAUCCAGGUGCUGGAUGUGAAUGACAACGCCCCGGAACUGACGCUGUCGAAAGUCGCCAGCUCGACCCCAGAAAACUCCCCGGAGACUGUAGUUGCUGUUUUCAGUGUUUCUGAUCCAGAUUCCGGGGACAAUGGCAGGAUGGUUUGUUCCAUCCAGGACGAUAUUCCUUUUCUCUUGAAACCCACAUUCAAGAACUUUUACACCCUCGUGACGGAGAGGCCACUGGACAGGGAGAGCAGAGCCGAGUAUAACGUCACCAUCACCGUCACCGACAUGGGGACCCCCAGGCUGAAAACCCAGCACAACAUCACCCUGCUGGUCUCCGACGUCAACGACAACGCCCCCGCCUUCACCCAAACCUCCUACACCCUGUUCCUCCGCGAGAACAACAGCCCCGCCCUGCACAUCGGCAGCGUCAGCGCCACAGACAGAGACGCGGGCGCCAACGCCCAGCUCACCUACUCGCUGCUGCCGCCCCACGACCCGCAGCUGCCCCUGGCCUCGCUGGUGUCCAUCAACGCGGACAACGGCCACCUGUUCGCCCUGAGGGCGCUGGACUUCGAGGCGCUGCAGGCGUUCGAGUUCCGCGUGGGCGCGGCCGACCAGGCGCAGGCCGACCCGCUGACCGUGUACCUGGUCAUCGCGUUGGCGUCGGUGUCGUCGCUGUUCCUGUUCUCGGUGCUGGCGUUCAUCGCGGUGCGGCUGUGCAGGCGGAGCAGGGCCGCCUGGGUGGGUGGCUGCUCGGUGCCUGAGGGCCACUUUCCGGGCCACCUGGUGGACGUCAGCGGCACAGGAACCCUGUCCCAGAGCUACCAGUAUGAGGUGUGUCUGACGGGAGGCUCUGGAUCAAAUGAGUUCAAAUUCUUGAAGCCAAUUAUUCCCAACCUUCCGCCCCAAGGCGCUAUCAAAGAAACAGAGGGAAACACGACCUUCCGAAACAACCUCGGAUUCAAUUAGGAAUCUCAUCAUGAUGCAGUGUCUUUUGUAACAUCUUUAAUUUCUCCAGAUACAGAGUUUGAGAGCGUCAUGGACAAAAAUCCCACCUUGGAGUAUAGCCUGAAUUUCCCUUUUGUAACAUGUUUGUCCAUUGGACUUUAUUUUGUCCAAUUUUGGAAAACUCAAAUCUAGACCCUUGCAUUUGCAUAAUGCCAUUUCAAAUCCCCACCCCACAUGCUGGUGAUUUUCUUGUAAUGUUUGUUCCUCUUCCUGGCAUUUGUUGCGAUUAACUGUCUUAAUAAAAUGAAAUAUUAAUUGUA